UCGGUGUGGUGGUGGGAGCGAACCGGGAUGCAGCUGCUGGCAUGUGUGACGAGUAGAACCUGUACCCAAUCCACACAGCAUCACUUUUAAAAUGAUUAUACGAAGCUGCUUUAGUGUUAUUGAUCCGUUAUGAUUUUUAUUUGAAAUUAACAAACAGAACGCUGACUGGAUUUAUUAGAUAAGGCUUGAUCGGUUGUGUUCUGAUUUGUAUUUCUGUUGAGGGGGUAUAGCCUAGGCUAUCUGCAUAAUGUGUUUGACGAUAUAGCCCUCAGCAUCAGUACCAGGCUCAAUCAGAAACACCUUGAUGAACCACCACCAGGAAUACAAGGACUAUUACAAUGAAGUCGACUUUCACAUAGAUCACAUCUCGUUUCUAAACCAGUGUAUAUAAUAGAUUAUAACACCACGUUGGCUGGCGUUUUGCAGGGUACUUUUUACAUGGAGCUAUUUCCACCUUUUUUUCCCCCGAGUAGAAUAUUUUUGUUGAAGUACACAUAAAAACGACCACUGCUCGCAAACUAUGGACGAGGAGAAUAUGACAAAAAGCGAUGAGCAGCAUUUGAGUUUGCAAAAAGCUUUGCAGCAGUGCGAGUUGGUUCAAAAUAUGAUAGACAUAAGCAUUUCCAGCUUGGAGGGUUUGAGGACCAAAUGUGCCACAUCCAACGACUUGACACAAAAAGAAAUACGAACGCUGGAGGGAAAGCUGGUGAAGUACUUCAGUCGCCAGCUGUCCUGUAAAGUGAGAGUGGCCUCACAGGAGGACAGCACUGAGCUACAGGACUUCCCCAGACUGGGACACUGGUUCCGCAUUGUCAACCUGAGGAAGGAGGUCACUGAGGAGAUGGAUCCGGGCGACGUGACUCUGGAGGGGCUGCUGGAGAUGAGUGAUGAGCAGGUGUGUGAGGCCAUGGAGAAGUUUGGAGCCAACGACGAGGAGUGUGCCCGGCUCAACGCCUCUCUGUCCUGCCUCAGGAAGGCCCACCAGUCAGAACAACUCGAGGAUGACUCAUUGCCCAAUAACGGAGCAGGUAGCCAUGCUAAGCAGGACUGGUCCAUCCAGUGGCCCACCUCUGAGUCUGGCAAGGAGAACACUCCCUUCCCCUCUCCAGAACCCAGCCAGUGGGUCCGCUUCCAGCUCUCCCAAAGCCCCAUGGUCCAGGCCAAGUACAACCAGCAGCACCACAGCCAGUGCCACAGCCCCCAGUCAUUGCUACCCUAUCCGUAUGGCCCCUAUGUCCAGCCAGACCGCCUCACCGUGGACAGCCACCUGGGACUGGGGGCCUUCCCCCCCAUGGACAUGGGUCAUCGAUCCCUGCCCCCCUCGCCCCGUCAGAGGCACUUUGCCCACACUCCUCCCCGGACUCCACUGGUGGUGAACACCAUGACCCCCCCGGGCACGCCCCCCAUGAGGCGCAGAAACAAGGUGAAGGCCCCCGGGACGCCCCCACCCCCCAGCCGAAAGCUCAUCCACCUGCUGCCAGGCUUCACGGUGCUGCACCGCUCCAAGUCACAUGAGUUCCAGCAGGGCAACCGCAUAGUUCUGGAGGCAGCUGACACACAGACACUCAAAGUGAAGCAGAAGAAGUCCAAGCCUCAGCACCUGAAGAUCAACAGCAGUGUGGGGAGUUGUGAGAACCUCCCUACCCAACGCUCACCCCUCCACUCCUCUGACCAUCGCUCACUCCGUUCCUUCUUCUUCCCCACCUUCAUCCCCUCCACUCCCCCCGUCCACUCCGAUGCAAGUAAGUGCCCUUUCUAGACUACCUUGGUCACUAACAAGUUAUGAUACCCAGGUAUGCAGACAGCUUUCCUAAAUCAUACGUUUCAGGCAUUAUACGACUGUAUUGACUUCACAGUUUGUCCACUCUCUUAUCUGUUCAAGUGUCAUAUGACCAUUGUCUGUGUCCAGUUUUAUGCUAACUCUAUGGUAGUACCACAUAAUAUAGUUUAGUGUCUUAGCCAUACCUCCA